AAUGAACGCCGUUAUCUCGGCAAAAGCUCUCUCCUGGCCGCCGCCGCCGCCGCCUCGUCGCGCGUUUGAUAAUACGCGGGUUUUGUACACAAGCGGAAAACAUCAAAACAAAACGAAAUCCACCGCUGACCGCACAAUACAUCAUAAUAUAAUACAUUAUACGCGACGCACAGAGGUGUACGCGUAAUCGCGACAGUAAAAUAUUAUUAAUCGAUCACCGCGACCUUUAUAACGUUAUAGUAUAUUGUAUCGCGCAAAAGUCGACCGUACCGCGAAUACCGUCUUCCGCGCUCAACGUUAUUAUUUCGGCGCACCGUCUCCGUACAGAUCGCAUUUAUCGCUGUCACCGUCGAUCGUCGCAGGUAUGGAUCCUGGUCCUCAAGCCUACGGGGCCGGCAAAGUGGGCGGCCAGUUUAACGUUCAAAACUUUGUCCGCAAGCCGCACGUGUUCGUCAGACUGUUGUCGUUGUUAUUUGGUUUGAUCGUAUAUUUUUGUGCAUCAUCUGGCUCAUGGACUACAGACACAAAAACCAACGAGGAAGUAUGCAUGUUCAAGCUUAAGAGUUUUGGUUGUCACAUUGGUGGAGUGGUGGGCUUUACGUCAGUGAUCGGAGCAGCUGUAUUCGUUGGCGGCGAAUAUUAUUUUGAAAACGUGCCGUCGGUGAAAAGCCGUAAACAUUAUGUGCUCAUUGACCUUGGAUUCUCAUGUCUAUGGUCGUUUUGGAAUUUUUUACUUUUCAUUUAUCUAUCUAACUCAUGGAGUGAUACACCCGAUUUUCCUGAUUCAAUUAGCACUGCCAAUCCAACCACUGCCAUUUAUUUUGCAUUAUUUGCUAUUUUUUCAUGGGGGACUUCUGCAUAUUUUUCAUACCAAAGAUAUCAAAUGGGCGUAGAUCCAGCAUUUAUAUCAUCUUUUGAAGCCGAUCAGUUUGGAGCAUACGACGAAACGCAAAAUAACAGUACCAACGAAUCUCCGUUUAAUAAACAGAUGUCGGGUGAAUAUCAAACUCAAGCUUACUAAGUACACAAUCAGUUUUCCAACGAUGAUACUGAACAUACCAGGAGAUUGUGUUUUUACUACACGUCAUACCAAAUUACUUAUCGCUGAUGGUAUUACUGGUUUUAUUACUUCACAAUAACUAAACAACGUAUUUUAUUGAAUAGUUAGUUGCGAGUAGUAUCAAUUUUUGAAAUUUGUAACAAAUUCGUUUAUGAUAAUUA